UACAGAAACUGAAAAUGAACUAAACUUCAAGCAGGAUACGAAGUGCAGUCAAGCUCUUCAAACUAGACCGCUGUAUCCAGGAUCCACAACAUCAAAUAUAGACUCGCUGAGAAGAAGCAUGGAAAAAUUGAGCCAGAGAGAAAACUUUAACCAUGCUGUGAUGCAAGACCUGGACAGAGAAUCCUUGUCGUCAUUAAGUAGAAGCAUAGAAGAGAUUGAACAGAAUGAUAUCAGUAGUGUUGAUGACAAGAGAUUCUGAGGGAACAGGAGAGUCCAGGGUCUAAUGUUGAAUCUGGGCCUCCUACCAACAGGUCUGUGUCAGACGUGACAAAUUCUAGAACCGGAGUCUCACAGCAUGCACCUGGUCACAACUUGAUACCAUACAAAACCAAACUGGCUGUUGAGAAACCUCCAGACUGUAAAUUAGUUCCUGAAGUGAAGAAGGAGCCUGUUGCUUCAGUCAAGACUGGCCUGGAUCUAAAACAUGGAACAAAGACAGAAGUAUUUAAGUUGUCAAGUAGAGCUAAACAUUCACGACAGAAGCUAAUUGGCACGGCAGAUAGCAGUCUCCAUUCAAGCAAGACAACUGCUAAUAAAGUCACAAGCAACAAUAAAUCUGCCUCGGUUGCUUCGCAUGGAUCAGUUACAGAAGUAUGUUCCAAUAUUACGAGUGCAUGCCCGUUUUCUCUUGCCAUGGAAAGAAGAUCAGGCAGUAGGGAAAGUGCAGCGAGAUUGGAUUUGAAGACCCCCAACAGAUUUGUAUUAUCACAAAAUCAGGCAAAUGGUGGGUCAAGUGUGCAGGGUGGUUCAAAGAGGAUGAACGCAACCUGUAGAGUGAAGAGCCAGGAACUACAAAUUAAAAGGGACUGCAAAGAAGUGAUUAGACAAUCUUUGACAUCGGAGAGCCAGGGCACCUGCCUGAAGGGCAGAGCUGCCCAUGUUGUCAGACAAUCAAAGCCGAGUUCUACGGACCUUUUGGCAAGGAACAAAUCUAAUUCUGAUGGUGCGUCUGAAGUUCAGCUCACAAAUACCAUCCAAAGGAACAAACCAAAGGAGGAAAAAGGGGACAGAAGGUGGAAGGGGUCAAGGUGGAAGGGGCCUCAAGGACCUAGUACCAAGAUUGUUGCUCCUCUCACUGGAAAUCUCAGGACAGGAAAUAAAAAGGAAUUUCCCUCCCGAACUGGUGAGGAAUCAAAUAAUCGGAGGGAACCCCAACUCAAUAUGUCACGGGAUGGGAGGAAGCCAAGGCGAGAAACACCACGAUGGCAAUGACUUGUCUGAAGAUGCAAAGCCUCGGUGUUCCGAUUAAAAGGAAUCAAUCAUCAGAUAGCUGCAAUCAUGCAUAAUGCAGUGGUCAGCAGCUGCCUGCUGUGUGCGGUUACCUAGUUAUAAUACCUGUUUUCUCUCCUAGUUAAAAUGGCUGCCUGCUGUCAAGUGGUACAUAUCUGUAGUCUGUGUAACUUGCUGUAUCAUAUAUGCCAUAAAGGCUGUAAUUUAGAUCUUGAA